AUGAUGACUUGGUCGAGUACUGGAACGUGCGCGAAGCGCAUUCUAAGAGAUUCAUGCCGGGUAAAGCCGACCAACUAUCGCACAUUCGCUGUGGCCGUAGGAUCAGCGCCCUUUGUGUCUUCUGAAGUUGCUGGAGUGAAGAUCGCUAGUAGAGAUAUCUCUGGACCGACCACCAGACUUGCCGUUAUCGCAAAAGCGGGAACUCGAUAUCAACCCGCCCCAGGUCUUAGCUCAGGGCUUGGAUUAUUCGCCUUUAAGAAUACCAAUAAACGUUCAGCAUUAAGAAUUACCCGCGAAGCUGAACUUAUGGGAAGUCAAUUGUUAUCAUAUCACACAAGGGAACACAUAGCUAUUGAAGCCAAAUUUAUGCGAGAGGACUUGCCAUACUUCACUGAACUACUCGCGGAAGUCAUAUCUGAGACGAAAUAUACGACAUACGAAUUUGAUGAGCAGAUAGCACCUCUAGUCGCUUUAGCUCAAAAGAAAAUUUCUCAAAACUCCAGCGAGAUUGCUUUCAAUUCCGUUCAUGGUGUCGCAUUUCAUCGCGGUCUUGGAGAACCUCAUCUCCCCAAUUCGGCAAGUCCACUCUCAAAGUAUUUAGACGCAGAAGCAAUCAGACAGUUUGCGAGGUUAGCCUAUGCAAAGCCCAACAUCGCUAUAGUAGCCACCGGCACCGAUCAAAAUACGUUAGCUAAAUGGGUUGCUGAAUACUUUAAGAAUAUACCUGGUGGAACGAGUCCUUUGUCAAGUGAGACAUCCAAAUAUUACGGGGGCGAAGAACGCAUUGACAACGCUCAUGGGAACUCUAUUGUUAUUGCAUUCCCUGGCUCAAGUUCCUUUGUAUCAAACUCAUCAUUCAAGCCGGAGAUUCAUGUCCUCGGGGCUCUUUUGGGAGGCAAAUCUAGUAUCAAAUGGUCAACUGGAUUUUCUCUACUUGCAAAGGCAUCAUCAUCUUUUCACGGCGCUACCGCAUCUACAUCUCAUUUCACAUAUUCUGACACCGGUUUAUUGGCAAUCAAUAUUGUAGGUGCAGCUCAGUCUGUUCGAAAAGCUUCAUUUGAGGUCUACAAAGCACUGAAGAGCGUUUCUGAAGGAUCAAUUUCUAAAGAUGAUUUGAAUAAGGCUAUAGCUCAGGCAAAAUUCAAUAUCUUUGACGAACGUCAAAGUAGUGAAGUUUGCUUGGCUUCAAUGGGAGGAAGCUUAAUUCAUUCUGGGAAAUACCACGAUAUUGACGAAUUAGGAAAAAGUCUGAUGAAGGUCAGCGCUGACAGCCUGAAGAUGAUUGCCAAAAGUUUACUAGCUAAUAAAGCCACGGUAUCUGCAGUUGGAGACCUUCACAUCCUUCCAUUCGCAGAGGAAAUUGGGUUUAAGGUCUAG